CAAACAAACAAAAGGGGGGGGGGGAGGUGUGGCCGCCUCGCGCAUGGCAAGUUAACUGAAGAGGCGAGUUCAGUAAAUAGAUAGAGAGCGACAGGAAGAGGAGGCGGGCGAAUGACAGAGAUAGCGCAAAGGCGAGAGCGAUGGAGGCGGCUCUCGACGACACCGACAGAGUUAGUAGAAAAUAGUGUGUGUAUUUCGGAGGCAGAAGAAGAGCGGGUAGAACAUGAACGUUUCCGAAUGGUAUUCCCGCCUGUUCGGUAGACGGGGUAGAGGCUCGACCAAUCAAGAACCUUUAUGUUCUACCCGCUCUUCUUCUGCCCUCGUUAGUCGAAAUACACUAAAGACAGUUCGGCAUUAGCCGACCUAGACGAUGCAAAUGUGCGGCGUGCGCGUCGCCCAUCGCUCAUCGUGUACCUGGUGUACCCCACCACCACCAACGUCUCCGAGUGUCCUGCCCUGCGCGGCCGCACGACCCCCAGGACGCGCAGUCGGUUGUCGUUUUGUUUUUUCGGUUGGUCAGUACAGUCAGCCGGUGCGGCAGCAGCUGCCCGCCGCAGACGUCCCUAUAUACCCAGGAGGGAAUGCUCGUCAUCGUUUCUCAACGGCCGCUCUCACGCACAGAUUGGCAGUUGCGUCCCUAAACCGUGCAUCCGUGCAUUUCAACAGCCACAACAAAUUGUUGAAAGAAUGCGCGGAACAGAACGGAAACAUUGUACUUGUCCAAGCAAGGCAGCUUAGGUUAUACUGCCUCAACCAACGGCUUCGACGUGCAGACCUUCGCGAUAAAAAGAUACUCCGUGCCGUGCCGCUCUGCCGCCCACCGUGCGGGGGGUAUCGAGGGAGGCACACCAGCCCGCGGGUAUCAGCGCCAACUGGACAGCGGUUGCAAGCGGCGAGCAGAAGCGUUGUCGUCGUCGGCGCGCUUCAACCCCUGCCGCUCGGCGCCGCCGCGCCGGGGUCGGAAGGCGCGCAACCCCGCAUCAGAGGGCGAUUGCUGAUAAACCAAGUAUGAAGUUGUUUUUAAAUUCAGUCUCGGGAAUCGGAAGAGAGGGGGGGGGUGAAGCGGGCGGAGCAGCUGAGGCACUGCUGCUCUUCCUCCUUAGAUCGACAGGUUCGGAUUGUGUCGGCGUUAUAGUAGAGCGUGGCAGUCGGUCUUUGUGUGCGAAUGCGAAAUAUUACAGCAAGAAAGUAACCAGGCGAAAUGUUCCAAAAUGAAAGUUUCACAGCUGUUCGCGAGUAUGCCAGUGUCGGUGGUAUAGGAGUGCGUUUUUUUGUGCGCGUCUUUUACUCAAAAAACCUUAUAUCUUUCUGGGAACAAAAUCAUAUUUUUGUCAAUGAAAUUUUCCAUCAAAAUUUGUGAAAACAUCUGUACUGUAAUAAUUUUUUCGUCAUACCCGAACUAAAAAUAUGACUGAUUUCCAACGUGAAAUUUUCGUAACAGGAAAUACAAUUUCUUUUCCGCAAAGGAGUGGUUAUCUGAGUAUGGGGGUCCAAAAGGAGGAGAGCGUAUGCGAGGAGCGGCGGCGGGGCUUAGUGUCACGAGCACGAGGUGCUGCACGGUGCCUGCGCCGCGCUCGCGAGCGGGGAUUUCAAUUGGAAAAUGGACCAAGCGCGGAGUGGCGGGGAGUGGCGCGCGGUGCUCUCACAGUCCUCACGGUCGGCCGGGCAGGCAGAUGGGUUCGGGCCGCCCUCGGGCCCCGCCAGCCCCGCCAGCCCUGCGGCGGUGUCGCGCGGCACCAGGUCAGCGCCGUGUCAGCGCAAGCCUGGCGCCAGCCGCCUGCUCUCCCAAAUAAACCAAGUGUGUAUUUCAGUAUUUUCGGCGCAACUCCUACAAGUAAAUAGUGUAUGUAUACUUUUGCGCAAUUCGCGGCAAGUAUUCUUGCUCUAAAUGUAGUGGAUACUUACCGAGCACAUUGGCAGGUGCACACUCCGCAUACGCUGUUUUCGUGUUCACCUGGCUAUCUAUCUAUGGAGUGUUUACAUGUCAUACGCAAUAAUAAAAUUAUGAAAAUGAAAAAUGAACGAUACAUUUUCCAUGUGUAUGUGAAUGACUACGAGUACUAGACGUC